AUGGAUACUAUUUACAAAAAUAUGACACUCAAUUCUCAUCUUAAAUCAUCAAGUGCUUCAAAUAUGAUGGCAAGUCCAUUUUCAACUAAUACUCCAUAAACAUGUCAUUCUAUUUUACAAUUUCUUCCUUUCAUCUAAUCCUCUGUUAAUAAAUAGGAAAUGAAAAAAAUUAUUAUGAAAGAAAGAAGAGAAUAUGAUAAGAGAAAAACUAUUGUAGAAUGUGGUUUACUAACUUAAAGGGGCAUGAAUAAAUAUCUUAAACCAAAUAGUAUAACAAUAUUUCAUACAAGGGUUCAAAUGGUAAAAAAAUGAAUUAAAACUUUGUGAUAGUAUAAUAGAGACUAAAUUGAAAAUUGCUGAUCUAAUAAUGAAUUCAAAAGGAGGACAAUCUCGCAAGGAAUUAUUAAUCGAAAAGAUCUAGAAACAAAUUGAAAGUCCAAGAUAAACUAUUAGCACAAGAACUAUUAAGAGUGAACAUAAUGUUCAAUUAUUCAUGGAUAGAAUCAAGUCUUAAACUAUUCCACUUAAAUUAAGACAAAAUGCUUAAUCUCCCUCGAAAAUUAAUCAAUCUCAACAAAAAAUCAUCUAAAAUUUCACAACUACAUAUUAAACAGAAUGA